AUGUCCACCGGCUCGGUGAGUGACCCCGAGGACAUGGAGCCGCGGGGGCUGCCGCGAGCGUACCCGAUUGCCGCCACCUCCUCCAAGAGGCCGCCGGUGCCAGGCGCCGCGCGCAGCUACGCCUCGCCCAGCGACAACUCGUCGGCGGAGGAGGAGGACGCGGACGGCGAGGAGGAGCGCUGCGCCCCGGGCGCGGCGGGCCGCGACGCGGGCGGCGGCAAGAGGAAGCGGGCCCGCGCGGCGGGGGGCGGCGGCGGCAGCAAGAAGCCCCUCCCGCCCCGGGGCCCAGCCGCGGCGGCCGCCGAGGGCAAACAGUCCCAGCGGAACGCCGCCAACGCCCGCGAGCGCGCCAGGAUGCGCGUGCUGAGCAAAGCCUUCUCCAGGCUCAAGACCAGCCUGCCCUGGGUACCGCCCGACACCAAGCUCUCCAAGCUGGACACGCUGCGCCUGGCCUCCAGUUACAUCGCGCACCUGCGCCAGCUGCUGCAGGAGGACCGCUACGAGCACGGCUACGUGCACCCCGUGAGCCUGACGUGGCCAUUCGUGGUCUCGGGACGACCCGACUCUGACACCAAAGAAGUUUCUUCAGCUAACAGAUUAUGUGGAACUUCCGCUUAG